AGACAAUUCGCUCUAAUACUACUAGAAAAGUUAAUUUCUAGUAGAAUCACAACUACCUAUUGAAUGAUACACUUUGGUUAAUGCUUCGGACGUUCGGUACUAUUCUGUCUACCUGGCACCCGUGUUGUGACAAUAAUUAAACAUCAGCAGUUUUGCCUGUAAACGUGUACGUGGUCUUUCGUGAGUGGUAAAUAAUUUUCAUACGAGUGUCACUACUUAUGAAGAAAAUCGUGUUUUUCAUCAUUAUCUGUAUUGAAUAACAAUAGUUUUAAAAAUUAAGUCAUUACUCGGCGCUAUAAUGUCGGUGACAAACAGGAAGAAAACAGUCGAAAAAGAGCAAUUACUUGAAAAUGGAGAUUCCAAUGUAAACAACGAAAGAAGUAACAUUAAAGGAGAUGAAUGGAACAUAGCAGUAUUAUUAUUCUUAUAUGCACUACAGGGUAUUCCGUUAGGUCUAGCUGGAGCAAUACCCAUGUUACUACAAAAUCGCGGUAUAACUUACACUCAACAGGCUGAGUUCAGUUUUGUAAAUUGGCCAUUUAGCGUUAAAUUACUAUGGGCUCCUAUAGUGGAUGCUCUUUUCUUACCCAAGUUUGGAAGAAGAAAAACAUGGCUGGUGCCUAUACAGUAUUUAAUUGGGAUUGUGAUGAUAAUCAUGUCAAGAAAUAUCACAGAUUGGCUUGGUUCAGAAGAAAAAGCACCAACAAUGACAUUGUUGACAAUAUCAUUUUUAUUUCUUAACUUUCUGGCCGCAACACAAGAUAUUGCUGUUGAUGGAUGGGCUUUGACCAUGCUGAAAAGGUGUAAUGUUGGACAUGCAUCUACAUGCAAUACAGUAGGACAAACAGCAGGUUUCUUUCUGGGCUAUGUGCUGUUUCUGGCUCUAGAAUCACCAUACUUUUGCAAUAAGUAUUUAAGAUAUGAACCAGAGGACACUGGUAUUGUUACAUUGGCUGGUUUCCUACUGUUUUGGGGCUGGGUGUUCAUAGCUACUACAACUCUUAUAGCACUACUUAAGCAUGAGAAGAAUGAUACUGAAAGUUCUAAUGAUGAUGAAGGGAAAGGCGUGAAGGUUAUAGUUAAUGCAUACCAGCAGUUAUAUACAAUUGUCAAAUUGCCCGCAGUUCGGACCUUGGCACUUGUUUUGUUUACUGCAAAACUUGGAUUCUGUGCAAGUGACGCAGUGUCUGGGUUGAAACUCGUCGAAGCUGGUGUACCACGCGAGGAUCUCGCGUUAUUAGCUGUUCCUUUAGUUCCUGUACAAAUUAUCAUGCCGGUGAUCCUUGCCAAGCACACAACUGGGCCAGAGCCACUUUCCUUGUGGUUGCGUGCGUUUCCGUUGCGACUUUUAGUCGGACCGUUAGCCGCAGCUUUAGUAGCACUCACACCGAGUCUGCUCGGAAAUUCGGGACCAUCGUACUUCUACCUCUUUAUACUAAUGUGCUUGUAUGUGUUCCAUCAGACAUGCCUCUACUGCAUGUUCGUAGCUGUAAUGGCGUUCUUCGCCAAAGUGUCGGACCCGCUAGUGGGCGGCACCUACAUGACGCUGCUGAACACUGUGUCCAACCUGGGCACGAAUUGGCCCAACACGCUCGCUCUGUGGGCCGUGGACCGGCUCACGUACAGGUCUUGUACCGCUGAGUCGUUGGUCGAUAACACUUGCGCUACGGAGUUGGAGACUGAGGUAUGCAAAACCAACGGUGGGGCGUGCAAUGUACGAAUAGACGGUUUCUACAUAGAAACAAUAAUUUGUCUCAUAGCGGGAUUCCUUUGGCUCCAAUGGGGAAGAAAAACUAUCAAGCGAUUGCAGCGAUUGCCGUCAAGCGCUUGGCAGAUCGGCCGAAUACGUAGAUAAGACUGACAGAAUAAAUAAUUAGGUACUCUCUAAA